AUGAAUUUAUUGGCCAAGACGAGCCAAGCCAAGGCGCUGGGAGCCUCUCUUGCAGACACGCAAUUCACGGUUAUCCACACAUCCGACCUGAAACGCGCGCUCAUGACUGCAGAAGCUGUCCAAAGUUACCAGAAAUCGGACCCUAAACCUCUGCUCGUUCCAUCAACUCUCCUUCGAGAACAGAACUACGGGCUAGCGUCGGGAAAGCCGUUUACUAAAGACCGCCUCCCAGGCCUGUCGCUUGAAGACCAUUUCGCUCGGGGAGUCUACCCUAUCAUCUAUAAUCGAACGGAGAAAUAUCCCGAAGGCGAAAGUGCGAUAGAUUUGUCUAGAAGAGCCGUCCAAGCGGUGGAAGAUAUCUUGUUACCGUAUACCCAGCAAGAUAACCCGGAAAGUCAAGUUCACAUCGCUAUCGCGAGCCAUGGUAUCUUUAUUAGUGAAGUUGUAGAGGCGUUGCUACGAAUGGACACCGAGUCCGGGUUGCAGCAUUCUCCUAACCAAUACAGGGGCUUGUCGAACACAGGAUGGGUGCGAGUUCGCCCUGCAACGGAAGUAUCUGCCGUGAGUAGAUCUGCGCGACCGUCGUUGAAAGUGGAGGUCACGGACUUCAACAGAAAUGAACACCUGAGCAGCGUCGUUCGCCAAAAAGGUGGCAUAGGUAGCGCGGCCCAUGACCCGAUGCAAAAGGAUAUACGCACAUUCUUUGGAGGGGGCUUAUUGCGCAAACCUGACAAUUCAGAUUGA